CAUCUCACGCCUCCCUCAGAAGUCACAACUCACUCUCAUUGCACGCAGCCUCCAAACUUCCGCCAAAGUCCAAAAACCUAGCCGCUUCUUCACUUUUCCUGCGCCGGUACGGUACCUCCCGCCGCACCCGCUCCCACUCAGCCGUGCUUAGCGUCCACCGGAGCUCCGAUCACCAGUUCAAUUCCGAAUUCCGGCUUCCAACCGAAUCAACCUCUCUCUCUCUGUCUUAGCCAUCGACCUCAGAUGAAGAAAGCAAAUCCCAGGGAAUUGAAUCCAUAUUUGAAGGAUGACGGCAGUGGUUAUCUAGAAGAGACUGAUGGGAGCACAGCCACCAGGGACCGACUUUUGUCUUCUUCAGUUGUCGGAGAUGGAGGUGCCAGCUGGAGACUCAAAGCGUUGAAGCGUGCACGAGAACAAGCAGAUCGAGAAGGGGGAAAGCUUGACGAGGUUGUUGAAGAACGGUGGGGUUCUCUUGGUCAACUGACUGUGUCUCUAGCAUCUCGUAGAGCUGCUCCUUCUCAUGCUCAUCUACAUGCAAUAAAAGAUAGAAAGAGAGGGCUAACUGAGGAACGGUCAACAGGUUCAGGAAAAGAAAGUCAGAUGGAUGUAAAAAAGAAGAAUGAUGCGCACUACUUGAAGGAUGUAUCUUUUCAGUAUCAUGAUGUAUCUUUAUCGUGGGGAAAACGGUCUAAGGAUGCUGGCCUUAUCUCGGCUGCAGUAUCUAGUUUAAAUAAGUUUUACAACGAUGGAAGCUUUAUGCGGGAAGUUUUUCAGCGGCAGAACAAUGAUCCUGGUGAAUCUGUUUCACCGAGCCUAUCUAGUGCAAACCAGUUGGCAGCUAAAGCUCUUCAGCUUCGUGUGAAAGGAAAGCAUGAAGAAGCCAAUAAACUUCAACAAGAAGCAGAGAAGAUUAGGGCAAAGCAGGGUGCUGGUAGACAACAGAAAAAGGGAAGCUCAAGCAGAUAUAUUAUGAAGGACAGAUCUGUUCGACAAAAGAAGGAUGUGGAUGAUGGUGAUAUGCAUCUAGCUCGAAAGAUAGUGCAGAACAAACAAUUUACCCCGUAUGGUCAAGCAGAUGAUCAUGAGUAUGAUUUUGAAGAUGGUCCUACAAGGAAAGCUCAGCAGAAGGCCGGAGGUAAUGAGCAGAAGGUUAAGAAGAAAAUGUCCCAUCUCUUAACUCAACAAGAGCGCUGUGUUUUUUGCUUUGAGAAUCCCAAGGGGCCAAAACAUCUUAUUGUGUCGAUAGCAAAUUUCACAUACUUGACGUUGCCACAUAGGCAGCCUGUGGUGCCUGGUCAUUGCUGCAUUGUACCGCUGCAGCAUGAAUCGGCCACGAGAACUGUUGACGACAACGUGUGGGAAGAAAUUCGCAAUUUCAAGAAAUGCCUUAUUUUGAUGUUUGAUAAGCAAGAGAAGGAUGUAGUGUUUCUUGAGACAGUGAUGGGGUUGGCACAACAACGCUGCCAUUGUUUGAUUGAGUGUAUUCCUUUGCCCCGAGAAAUCGCCGAAGAGGCUCCUUUAUACUUUAAACAGGAAAUUGAUGAAGCUACAAGUUGGUGGAGCCAACAUAAUGCAAAGAAGCUUAUUGAUACAAGUGAAAAGGGGGGGUUGCGUGGUGCAAUCCCCAAAAACUUUCCUUAUUUUCACGUUGAGUUUGGUAUUUCCAAGGGAUUUCUGCAUGUUAUUGAUGAUGAAACACAGUUCAAAAGCAGCUUCGGCCUUAAUGUGAUAAGAGGCCUGCUUAAAUUGCCGGAGGAAGAAAUGCACCGUAGCCAAAGGUAUGAUUCCGGUGAGCUUCGAAGGGAAGCAGUUAAAAGCUUUGUCAAAGACUGGGAACCUUUUGAUUGGACAAAACAGCUUCACAGUUAAGCCAGUUGAAUAUUAUCUGCGACUUGUGAUUUGCCUGUCCCAUUGACUCGAUCGGGGCCGCGACAUCUUAUUGCUGUGGUGACCGACAUGUAAAUAGCCCUGACUCUAGGCUCUAGUCUUAUAAUUCUGCCUUUGCAGUGUAAUUUAACCUGAAUUUUAAUCUUAUUAUAUAUAGUGACAAAUUUUGAUAUUUUAGAUUCAAGCAUAUAUAUAUAUAUUUCACUGAC